AUGAAGAGACAGAGAAACGAACACGAUGAAGUUACCGUUACCCUUAGAGCCCUUGACAUGUUCUGUACGCAACUUCAACUACAUUUGUCUCAUAACAUCGAUGAAAAUACCAUUACCCUUGCUAUCAAGGCCUGUCAAGGGGACCCCAAACCCGGAUGCCAAAUUCACGGGUUUGCAGUUUCUUCUGGGUUUGCUUCGUAUACUACGGUUUCAAAUUCUUUGAUGAGCGUAUACACCAAAGCUGGCCAGUGUGAUGGUCCCUUACUUAUCUUUGAGACUCUGCUAUACUGA